AUAAAAGGUGUGGGGAGUCCGGGAACCGAUGGCAGACAGGCUUAUGCGGCAAUCGAACACACACACCCACACCAGCAGAGCUAAAGGUGACCAUGAGAUCGGCGACUGUUGCCCUCCUUAUGACUAUAAUGGCUAUUGCACAAGGAUUAUACGAGAACACGCCUAAACCUACUAAGCUCGUCACGCACACGUACGGUCCGCAAGUUAACGGCGGAGUGUCCGGCUCUGGACAGCGGUCAGAGAGCCUUGCCUACACCCGGCAUGGCACGGCAGAUGGGAAGGCUUAUAGCACUGAUCAGGCAACUGCUGACCAGACUGCAAGGAAGGAGAAAACCUACGAAUACACCCACAGACACGGAUACAACUACGCACAGCCAAAGACACUAUACAACUAUGAAAUCCAGCAACCCAUAUGGGGAUUGACAGAUAGCAGUAAGACAGAUUAUACUAAUGAUGCCACUCUCACGGAUCAGUUAAAGACAGACGGGCAGCCGCAGGGAGCCAGUCUUAGUCAUCAAAGUGUUGAGUUAGGAGCACUUCCUGGAUAUCAAAGUGUUGAGUUAGGAGGCAGCGUAGGGCACCCUAGUGUUCGAUUCGAAGCUAGAGUAGGACACCCCAAUGUUUGGUUGGGAAGACAAGUCCAUCCCCCAACUGUUUUGGUACGUCGCAUAGUAGGACACCCAAAUGCUGGGUUAGGGGGCAGCGUAGGACACUCAGGAGGUAGAGUGGGAUACGAAAGUGCUGGUUUUGGAGCUAGAGUAGAAGAUGAUCGGGCUGGGUUUGGGGCUGCAGGGGGUUACAAAGGUCUAGGUUUUGGAGCCGGGUUCAGAGUUGGGCGAGGUCAUAACAGGAGUGGAUAUGGAGUCGGGGUGGGAUACCAAUAUUCCCCUGCAGGAUUAGGUAUAAGACGUCAGUUUCCCACAAUUACGACUGGACUGGGAUAUCAAGGCACCAGUGCAGGACUGGGCCUAGUACACCGUUUUCCUACAACUGGGACUGGACUGGGAUAUCAAGGUACCAGUGCAGGACUGGGCCUAGGACACCGUUUUCAUACAACUGGGACUGGACUGGGAUACCAAGGUACCAGUGCAGGACUGGGUCUAGGACACCGUUUUCCUACAACUGGGACUGGAAUUGGAUAUAAAGAAACCAAUGCAGGACAGAGCUUAGCACCCCAGGUUCUUUCAACUAGGACUGGAACUGGAUAUCAAGGUGACAGUGCAGGACUGAGUCUGGGUCAUCAAGUUGCUUCAACUAGGACUGGAACUGGAUAUCAAGGCGACAGUGCAGGGCUGAGUCUGGGUCAUCAGGUUCCUUCAACAGGGGCUGGAACUGGAUAUCAAGGCGCCAGUGCAGGGCUGAGUCUGGGUCAUCAAGUUCCUUCAACUAGGACUGGAACUGGAUAUCAAGGCGACAGUGAGAGUAAGGAUUUAGGACAUAAGCUUGAUCGUUCAUAUCAAAGACACGGUGUAAAACUAGACUACCUUAAUGCACCAGCGUUUAUUAGCUAGGGAAAUAAAAUAUUAUCACUGUUAUUGGACAUAACAAAAAGCAUCCACGUUUGGAUAAAAAGUAAGAAUUUACAAAACUGGUAUAUCAUCACUCAGAAAUAAUAUAGCUAACCACAAUAAUCCGUCCGGCUUCACUUUAGCUCUAGUUCUUUCACUGCGCAGAAACAAUUUUGAUAAGAUGCAUAUGUAACUUGCAUUGUAUAUAAUUAAAAUAUUUUUGCAAUUAAAUUUUAGAGGUAGAUAGUCACUGAUAAAAACCAGAGAAAUUUCAUUGAACAACUGAAUAUAAAAACCCAUAUAAUAUAAGAUAUUAGACAAAAGAUCAAUUUAAAUACAGUCCUGUUUUUAAGUAAACAUUUCUUCUUGUAUGUAAAACUAAAAUCGAAUGUAAGGUAAUCAUGUGAGUUUGUGUUUGGCACAGAUUAUGUUAAUAGAUUAUUAUGUUAUAACUUAUUAUGUUACAAGUCGCGUAUUAAUCAUGUGCACGGAGGUACAGUUCGAAAAAUCAAAUACACAAUCCAAA